ACUGGACUAAGCGGAGUUGUACGCUUCGCCUGGAGGAGUGGGUCGGGGGAGGGGCGGUUCGUUCCGCGGAACCGUAGCCAGAAACUGGACUCGGAAUCACCUUCAGGCCAAUCUGGUGGCGCUUUGGCAGAAAUCAAGGAGGAAAAUAUCCCCUUAUGAGUUCUUUGGCAUGGACACAGGUUCAGUGGGAGGAUUAGACUUGACUGAACAGACUCCUGUGUUAUUAGGGAGUAAAGCCAUGGCAGCUAAUCUCACUGACACAGGAAAUUCAUUUGGUCAUCCAGCUAGUCCUUUAGUUAGAUCUAGAAACUCAUCUGAGGAAGAUGAUGAUGAUGACGUUGUGUUUAUUGACUCUAUACAACUCCCUUCAACUUCUUCAGCAGUAGCUGAUCAAAGAAAUUUUACAUUUGCUUCAUCAAGCAAUGGAAAGCUACAAGGAAAUGAUUCCAUAAUUCUUCCUUCCUCAAGAGAUUUGGCUUCUCAGAAGGGAAAUAUAAGUGAGACUAUCGUUAUUGAUGAUGAAGAGGACAUAGAAACAAAUGGAGGGAAAAAGAAAAAUUCUUUCAGUUUUAUUGAAUGGGGACUUCCUGGAACUAAAAACAGAACCAAAGAUGUGGAUUUCUCUACUUCCAGUCUUUCAAGAAGAAAGACCAAGACUGGAGUAGGACCUUUUAAUCCUGGUAGAAUCAAUGUGGCAGGAGAUGAAUUUCAGAACGGAGGAUUUGCAACUCAUCAUAGUCCUGAUUCUUGGAUCUCCCAGUCAGCAUCAUUUCCACGUAAUCAGAAACAGCCAGGGGUGGAUUCUUUAUCACCAGUGGCCUCACUUCCUAAACAGAUUUGCCAGCCUUCAGCCCAACAGCAACUUACUAAACCAGUUAAAAUCACUUGUGCACACUGCAAAAAACCUUUACAGAAAGGACAGACAGCUUAUCAACGAAAGGGAUCAGCUCAUCUCUUUUGUUCUACCACCUGCCUUUCCUCCUUCUCUCACAAGCGUACUCCAAAGAAACGCAAUAUAACGUGGAAAAAAGAUGCACCUACAAAAAGGGCUACUAUUGUUCCUCAAGUGCAGUCGAGCCAGCCCUUCCAGGAAUUCCGUGGUACAUACUGUGCUUCUCCCUAUGAAGACAACCAGAGUCUCACAAAAAAAAUUUCAAAUAAAUCAAGAUGUACAAUCUGUAGUAAACUAACAGAGAUUCGCCAUGAAGUCAGCGUUAAUAAUGUGACACAUAAACUGUGCAGUAACCUCUGCUUUAACAAGUACAGGAUGGCUAAUGGUCUGAUAAUGAAUUGUUGUGAACAGUGUGGAGAGUACCUGCCUAGCAAAGGUUCUGGGAACAGUUUCCUAGUGAUUAAUGGCCAACAGAUGAGAUUCUGCUGCCAAAGUUGUAUUAACGAAUAUAAACAGAUGCUGGAAACAAAAUCAGAAAAAAUAUUCACAUCAGAAAACAGGAAAAGGAAUGCUGUUAGAGAAGAAAAUGAAAGAAAAUUAUAUGGAUCAUUGAAUACACUUUUGGAAAAAAUAGAGGGACUACCAGAAAAAAAGGAAAACACUUCCGAGCCACAGGUAUCAGCAGAGUGCAGCACAGAUGCAUCUCUGACCAGACAGGAUGUACAUUUACUUACUUCUGUGUCCACUGUAGCUGAUAUGUUUCAAGAGCAAUUGGAAGAGAAAAAAUCAGAAGACUCCAUUCUACCAGUUGUGCUUUCUGCAGAUCCAGGCACAUGGCCACGAAUUUUAAAUAUUAAGCAACGGGAUAUUCUUAUUGAAAAUGAUCCACCUCAAGUAAGAAAUUUUAACUUUCCAAAAGACAAUACAGGGAGGAAGUUUUCAGAAACUUAUUAUACACGAAUUCUUCCAAAUGGUGAAAAAACCACUAGAUCUUGGUUACUUUAUUCAGCCUCAAAAGAUUCUGUGUUUUGUCUAUAUUGCAAACUCUUUGGGGAAGGAAAAAAUCAACUGAAGAAUGAGAAUGGGUGCAAAGAUUGGCAGCAUUUAUCACACAUUCUUAGCAAACAUGAAGAAAGUGAAAUGCACAUCAACAAUAGUGUUAAGUAUUUAAAAUUAAAGUCUGAUGUGAAAAAAAGAAAAACUGUUGAAGCUGUAGGACACAGAGUACAUGACAGUGAGAGCAGUGAGGGUGUGCUGCUACUCUACACAUGAUAGACCUGGCAGGAUCUUAUGUUCACUCAGAGGGGAUCUGUACCUAGCAAUACCCUUGUGUUGUGAGGCUCCUACACAGAGUAACUCAGGAGUCCAUUAGCAAUAAGCAUAAUAGCAAGUAAAUAGUAAAGAAUGUUUCUAUUCCAAAUUAUAAAGCUAGUUGGAUUCAAUAGUGGCUAAUGCAGGUUUCAAUAAUACAGGUUUCAAUAAAGGUAGUUGUUAAUUUUUUCAAUAUACCAAUUCACAUCUUUUUAAAAUGGCAUUUGAUAGGUUUGGUUAAUUUUCUAAUUAUCCUGAAAGAGGGAGAAAAAGUCUUAAAUUUAUCAACAGUUUGAACAACAUACUUAUGUGGACAAGUGUUCUCAUCAUUAUUAUUAAAGUAAAAACACUGAGAAGCAGUCCAGCCUGGUUGAGCAUCAUCAG